CGCACCUAGACGACUUCCCUAUACAGGUGGAAACCAUGGCGCUCCUUCGCAGCCUCCGUGUGCUCCUCCUCGCCCUCUGUGUGUUCCUGAUAACGGCUGCUGAUGGAAACAGUCUAGUGAAGGUGGAAGAAGGCCGUGAUGUGGUUUUACCCUGUUCCCUCAGCUCCAAGCAGAACAUUGAGUCAAAGCUGUUUGACUGGAAGAGAGAGGGUAAAAUGGAGGUGUUCAUAUAUGAUGGAGAAGAUGGAGGCAAAACUUAUGGUAACGGACGUCCAGGUCAAGAUAAAGAGUUUGAAGGUCGAGUCUCACAUUUUCAAGAAGAACUGAAGAACGGCAACGCCUCCAUAAAGAUCACAAAGACCAAGUUAUCUGACAGUGGAGUCUACACCUGUGAUUUUCCUAAACUUCAGCCCAGACAGACGUUCAACAUUCAGCUUGUUGUUGAGUGUAUCUUAAAGGACAGAACAGCGGAAAAUAAACCAGGUACAUGUCCAAAACCAUCAGCCAAGCAAAUUAAGGUAACAGAUGAACAGGCUGUGCUACAGUGUGUUGUCAAACGAGCUUCUCCGAAACCUAAGGUCGAGUGGAAGGACAGUUCUGGAAACAUCCUUCCUGCUAAGGAGACAAACACAGGAAGAGGAGGCAGCUUGGACAUCACCCUCCAAACUAAUGUGACCAAGACCGACAACUACAGCUGUGUAGUUACACAGGAGGAGAUUUGUCAUCAGCUUGAUGAUGACAUUCUUGUGUACCUCCCUGGGUCAGCUGGAUUGCUGGUUUCGACUGGUGUUCUUGCUGUUUUCUGCUCUCUUUUGGUCGGGUUAUUGUCCUAGCUUUGCAUUUCACCACAUGCAGCAUAAACUGUAAAAAUACGAGGAGAAGGUCGAACCCUCUAAAGACCCGAGUCAUUCAGAGCUCCUGCAUGAAAAAAGUGGAUCCAGUUAACAUCUUUACAUGAGUCUGCUGAUAAAGUGUGUGUUCAUGCUGCUGUAGUUAAGGUUAAGAGAAUCUCUGCAGGCGUGCAUGUAGCUCAUUCUGCUUUUAUACACAAGUGUUAUUUUGUCUCAUUAAUGUGAAUUCAAUCUGUCUCUGACUGGAACCAAGUUUAUUAUAAAGUGUCCUCAUCAUAAAGAGUCCUCCUCAGAGAGAUCACACACUAACAGGACUCCUUAAACAGAGUUGCACCUGGAGUGCUGCCUCACAUCCUGUGACACUGUUGUGUGUCUGAAACUGAGUUCAAACUCAACAUUACAGCCUUCAGGAUUCAUCACAGGACUGUUGGAUAAGACUGCUUCAGUGUGAGCCAGGUGUACAAGCUGGACUCUGUUUCCUGUUAUUGUCUGUGACAUUUGAACGCUGUGCUCUCUCUGAAAGUUCAUGUAUGUUUCUGACUGAUAAUGCUCUUGUAGGGUAUCAUAUCAUUUCAAACACAGCUUCAUCAUUUCAAUACAAGCGUUUGAAUAAAACAGGAAACAUGUCAAA